AUGUUCAGCAGUAAGUUCAUGAAGAAGGACGUUUCUCUGUCCAUCUGUGCACAGGUUCUGUUCUUCUGUGCAGUGAUGUGUGUGAGACACAGAGGGGAACCGUGUUCACACACAGAACCGUGCAGGAAGGGGCUCCGGUGUCGCUACGUGGGAGGAACACAGAACAGGACGGGAGUGUGUGCUGCACCUAAUGCAAACUCCUGUGUCCUGGGAAACUCUGUGUACCCCAAUGGAGAGACAUUUUUCCCGACCUGCAGUUACAAGUGCGUGUGUCACGAUGGGCAGAUCAGCUGCGUCCCUCGCUGUAACCUGGACGUGAUGCUCCCGGGUCCGGACUGUCCGGUUCCCCGUAAGGUGCAGGUUCCAGGAGAAUGCUGUGAAAAGUGGGUGUGUGACGCACAGGCCGAGGUCAGCGUGCUGGGGGGCUUCGCCAUGGCAGCAUACAGACAGGAGGAGACACUGGGCUUUGAUCCCAGCAUGGAAUGCAUGGAGCAGACAACAGAGUGGAGCGCAUGCUCCCGUUCCUGUGGUAUGGGCGUGUCCACACGGGUGACCAAUCAGAAUCGGCACUGUGAGAUGGUGAAACAGAGCCGCUUGUGUAUGGUGCGUCCCUGCGACGCCCUCAAAGAGCAAGCAGACCCUCAGAAAGUCGGGACGUGUCUCAGGACAACGCAGAGCCCCAAACCUGUCCACUUCACCUUCAGGAACUGCUCGAGCGUGCAGGCAUUUCGUCCUCGUUUCUGUGGUCGGUGUUCAGACGCUCGCUGCUGUACGCCGCACGCCACCAAGACGGCACCCGUGAGGUUCCGCUGCCCGAACGGAACCACCAUCAAGAGACCUGUCAUGUUCAUCCGUACGUGUGUGUGCCACCAUAACUGCCCAGUGGAGGACCGGGUACCCCAACACAGACGCGAGACCAGUGACGCCGCCAUCCUCACUGGCUGA